AUGUCGGGGGCGGAGGUAAUCGCAGUCGUAGCCUGUGUGGCAGCUGUUGUCUCCGCCUACAAUGACGGAAGUCGCAUUCUCACAGCUAUCCGGCACAAAUGGCACGAUCGCCGGCGGCAGACGGACCAUUCCACGAGGGACUUGGAGUGGUCGCUCGCUCGAGGCCAUCACGAGAUUCUCUCCCAAUACCAGGAGUAUCAUCAUGAGAUUGGCAGACGGUACGACGAGGGAGACUCGAUCGCCCGAGAACAGAUGAAGGAUAUCAUCAUCACGCUUCAAGGAGCUUUGCUUCGGCAUCUGCGGGAGGCCCAGGAGAAGGGCGUUCACUUGGACCUGAUGGCCAUGCAGAUCGAGUCAGAGCAAGGCCGCGUGAGGACGCUGGUAGUGCUGGGGGACCUCUUCGAGCGACUGGCUCGUCCUUCGCCUGUGUUUCCCUCGGUUUCAAUGUCCAUUGAUCCGACCUACCGGAGGGGAGAAUCGUACGGUCGCAUAUAUCAGAAUCUGACCGAUGGUUCCCGGGACAUAGGAAACCCUUUGAGUGGCCUUCCCGGAUCAUCGAGUGGGAUUAUGGGGAGUUUUUGCACAUCGCCAACCGAGUCACUUGCGCCAGUAAAAGAAUUCGAGAUGAAAAGUCCUGUACCAAGCACCUCCCGUUGGCGACCAGGUAUUGCAUCAGUCGUCAGCAGUGUCAGCGACAGGCUCCAUCCCCGGUCAAGCCGCGUGAGCGUAUCAUCACUACCACCAUCCAGACCUGAUUCCGUAUUCACGCAUGGCACAGUACAAGCGGGAUCACCAACAGAUCCUAUCCCAGAAAUCGACCUUCGCCCAGCGACGCCCCAUCCUAUCCCCCAUGAUGAGAUAUGCGGCAACCCAUGGCAGCACGAGCUGAGCACAGACUCCGACGACGACAUCAUCAGACAGCUCCACGGCACUCACCUCUCUCCCUUCUCAGCCCCGACUGGGCGGCGACAUUCCCACCCACCUCCCUCCAUCUCAUCAACCGAUUCCACGCCCUCGAACCCGUCAACGGGCAGCGACACGACACCAGCCCGUCCUUUCUGGCUCCCCUCCAAAGCAAACAACUACCUUGGGCUUUGCAAAGGUGCCUGGAAAGUUCACAGCGGGUUCGCGGGCUUCAAGAUCCAUUCCGAGCCCGGAUCAGGCUACUACACGCAGCGGUCGUGGUUGCGCUGUAAAGAAUGCGCCUUCGAAGCACCGAUGGCCAAAUCAUCCGGCCAUGAUCCUCUGUUUGAUGAGACCGUCCGAACGCACCACCCAACUGGUGUUCGUUACCGGUCGAAAUUCCUGGCUAAAUCGCACGUUCCCUGUAAACGCGACUCGGCCUCGGGGUUUUCUCCAUUGGUUCCGCGCGGUGCCUUCUGUUGUAUUUUCUGCUGUGCUCACCAAGGAUCCACGCAUGUUUAUGGUAAUCUUGAUGCGUUUUUGGGACACCUGGCGGAUAGUCAUUGUGUCGUGGACCGAGAGACCCUGGCUCUCUUGCCGAGUACACGAUGUAUAAUUGGUCGGGUGGCUGGAGAUUCGGAGUAUUUCGAUGUGAACAUUCCGCGAUGA